GACCAGAGGUGUCUGAGUUUCUGUGGGCAAAAAUAGCCUAAAUAUGGGAGUGUAGGGGGGGAACGGGACAAGAGAGGUGGCUGACUUGACUGUGCUUGAAAAUAGCAAGACGAUGAGGAUGGGGAGGGAGAAGAUGAUGCCGAAGUCCAGCAGGAAUGCCUGAAGAAAUUUUCAACCCCUGACUAUAUAAUGGAGCCGUCUAUAUUUAACACGCUAAAGAGGUAUUUCCAAGCAGGAGGUUCUCCAGAGAAUGUUAUCCAGCUCCUCUCUGAAAACUACACUGCAGUGGCACAGACUGUAAAUUUGCUAGCAGAGUGGCUCAUUCAAACAGGUGUUGAGCCAGUGCAAGUUCAGGAGACUGUAGAAAACCAUUUAAAGAGCUUACUUAUCAAGCAUUUUGACCCUCGGAAAGCAGAUUCCAUCUUUACAGAGGAAGGAGAGACUCCAGCCUGGCUUGAGCAAAUGAUAGCACAUACUACAUGGAGAGAUCUCUUUUACAAGUUGGCAGAAGCCCAUCCCGACUGUUUAAUGCUUAAUUUUACUGUGAAGCUUAUAUCUGAUGCUGGAUAUCAAGGGGAAAUAACCAGUGUUUCAACAGCAUGUCAGCAACUAGAAGUAUUUUCCAGAGUCCUGCGUACAUCUCUGGCAACAAUUUUAGAUGGAGGAGAAGAAAACCUUGAAAAAAACCUCCCUGAGUUUGCUAAGAUGGUGUGCCACGGAGAACACACUUACCUUUUUGCUCAAUCUAUGAUGUCCAUAUUAGCUCAAGAAGAGCAAGGAGGGUCAGCUGUCCGACGGAUUGCUCAGGAGGUUCAGCGAUAUGCUCAUGAGAAGGGCCACGAUGCUAGUCAGAUCACUUUAGCAUUGGGUACUGCAGCCUCCUAUCCUCGAGCGUGUCAAGCUCUUGGUGCGAUGUUGUCCAAAGGAGCUCUGAAUCCAGCAGAUAUCACUGUCCUGUUCAAAAUGUUUACAAGCAUGGACCCACCUCCAGUAGAACUGAUUCGUGUACCUGCCUUUCUGGACCUCUUCAUGCAGUCAUUGUUUAAGCCAGGUGCUAAGAUCAACCAGGACCACAAACAUAAAUACAUUCACAUACUGGCAUACGCAGCCAGUGUAGUAGAGAUGUGGAAAAAGAACAAGAGAGUCAGCAUAAACAAGGAUGAACUCAAGUCAACUUCAAAAGCCAUUGAAACUGUUCACAAUCUGUGUUGCAAUGAGAACAAAGGAGCAUCAGAGUUGGUUGCAGAACUGAGCACGCUCUAUCAGUGCAUCAGGUUCCCAGUGGUGGCAAUGGGCGUAUUAAAGUGGGUGGAUUGGACAGUGUCAGAACCACGAUACUUCCAGCUGCAGACUGAUCACACUCCAGUUCAUCUGGCGUUAUUGGAUGAGAUCAGUACAUGCCAUCAGCUGCUUCAUCCCCAAGUUCUACAACUUCUUGUCAAGCUCUUUGAAACAGAACAUUCGCAGCUUGAUGUGAUGGAGCAGCUGGAAUUGAAGAAGACUCUCUUGGAUAGAAUGGUGCACUUACUCAGUCGAGGAUAUGUCCUGCCUGUCGUCAGCUAUAUCCGCAAAUGCCUGGAGAAGCUAGAUACAGAUAUCUCUCUCAUCAGAUACUUUGUUACAGAGGUGCUUGAUGUGAUUGCUCCUCCAUAUACCUCAGACUUUGUACACCUUUUUCUUCCAAUCUUGGAGAAUGAAAGUAUUGCAGGUACUAUUAAAACAGAAGGUGAACAUGAUCCUGUCACUGAAUUUAUAGGUGAGUCACAUUUAUUCCUUACACUCCUGCUUCCAUUUGUUUUUGUUACAACUUAAAAAUAAUGUUUGGGGGGGUAUUGCUAAAAAUCGGAAUGCCUGCUAGAUAUUUCCACUGCUAACUUCCCUUUUAGGAGCCUUUGUUUAGCAAUUUACCUUUGAUGAAGAAUCUCUGGGUAGUAGUGAGGAACUUGGAGACAAAAACUGUUUUUUGAGAACUAGCACUGUAGUAAGGAAAGGACAGAAAGGGAAGUAGUCUGUCAUAAUACACUCCUCUCCUAAAACAAAAACAUGUCGUGACCCUAAAAUCCUGAUUAUUUACAUAUUACAGAAAUCCACAUGCAAACAGAUGAAUCAUUAAUGCACUGAACAUUUUAUCUUUUUUUUUUUUUCU